CGUGACCGCGGCGAGGCGCCUGCGCACGACUCUGCGAACGCCGAACUGAUAAGCAUCGUCUGGACCCACAGAAAUCGGCAAACUCUAGCUCACGGGCUCCUCAUAUCGAACCCAACCCAGCGCAACUAUGCUCCUGCCAAUGACAAGCGCGCGCUUUGUAGUUCCUAGGCUGCGCUCCCCGCUAUCUCCUCCGUCCCGUCGCUUCUCCCUCUCGCAAUGUACCAGAAGCUCCAACACUGGCUUACCAUCCCUUGACCGCUCGAUUUAUCUCUCCGAAUCUACGGACCCGUAUUUCAACCUUACUAUUGAAGACUGGCUUUUUCGUAAGGCCGAUCCUUCUCGUCCGCUGCUUUUCUUGUAUCGGAAUACGCCCUGCGUGGUGCUCGGAAGGAAUCAGAAUCCAUGGAAGGAAAUUAACUUGGCGGCUUUGAGGCAAACGUCCAUUCCCUUCAUCCGAAGGAGAAGUGGAGGCGGGACGGUUUACCAUGACCUCGGCAACACGAAUUACUCGAUCCACGUCCCUCGAACCUGGUUCGACCGCAACGUAACUUCGCAAAUCGUCCUGCGCGCAGUCCGCGGCAUGGGCGUCCCGGGAGCGACCGUCAACGAGCGCAACGACGUAUGCGUCGGCACCGACAAGGUCUCCGGCUCGGCCUACAAAAUCGUUUCGUCUCGCGCGUACCAUCAUGGGACGAUGCUGAUCUCGACGCAAUUGCAGACGCUCGGCAGCCUCUUGCGGAGCGGGAAGCAGGAAUCAAUGACCACGAAAGGCGUGGCUUCCGUCCGGUCGCCCGUUUGCAAUCUCCAGUUGUUCGACUCGUCCUUGAGUCAUGAAGCCUUCGCCGACUCCAUGGUCCGAGAAUUUCAGCGCGAAUACGGAGUGACAGAAGAGCCGUGUAUCGUCCGCGAAUCCGAAGAGGCACAGGCGGACGGAUACAUCAAGAAGGGCAUGGAGGAGCUUCCGAGCUGGGAGUGGGCGUACGGACAGACGCCUGAAUUCGAGUAUACUGUCAGCAAGACAUUCCCUUGGGGCGUUGUCACCGCGGUCAUUCGCUCGAAGCGCGGCCUCAUCACGGGCUGUGACGUCGCGCUCAAGGACAGCACCCUUGCCCUGGAUUUUGCCCCGUUGGACAACCUGUUCCGAGAUAUGAGAUACGGUUUCGUCGAUGUCGACGAGCCGGCGGAUGUGGUGGCGCGCCUGACAGGGAGCAACGAGGCGGGGGCAGGGGAUCGGCGGACGGAGGUUUAUGCCUGGUUGCGGGAGGUCAUGUCGGAGAGAUAGGUACUGGAUUGGCCAGGGCGUCGGGUCGGUGGCUUUCUAGCUCCCCUGAUCUACUCCGCCGACAGCGCCUCGUUGCAAGCGCGCGGCAGGGCCGGGUCUACAGGAUUUGAGAAUGAAAUUCACGUCGGCUUGAACGAUUGGGGAGAGGGAAGUGCUGCUGUAUCGGCAUCAAGACACGCGUAUGCAGCAUGGCACGACUGGAAGACGAAUACCGGCUAUGGAGGCCUCGUCAAUUUCC